GGGAUUGCCCGAACCUCAAACGGGCAAUAGAUGAAGGACUUGUCGUGUUUGACGACCGCAAGUACGUCAAGUGGGCAGAUGAUCUGGGAGAUGUAUCGAUGUUCCCUUCGAUGAAGGAGAAUGUCGAAGCAAGGAGAGUAAAGACGAGUAAAGGAAUGGAGUCGGUCAGGAGCCAGAGCAUCAAGAUAACCUUUGAGGGGGAUAUCGCGACCACACCCAUAAGGGUGGCAGCCACCAAGUCGGCAAGAGGGUCUACAUCGAAGAAGACUGACACGGAUUACGWGAUGGCGGAGAAGGAYGGGCAGCGGGUCGAUGGAGAGGAGGUUAUCCUUUCGCCGCGAAAGYGGGGAGUGAAGAAGUUCUUAAUGAAGAGUUCGCUGGACGAGAUUGACACGGUCGAGCCACUGAGGCGGGCCCUUCGGCAACCMAUGCAGUGCUCUAUUCUGGAGUAUCUGGCGGCAUCGAAGCCGGCUCGUGAUGAAUUACAGAUGAUCAUGCGAAAGACUCGCAUACCUCUAUCAGAGGAGGGUCAGGGAGCCCCUAAGGCGGAAGCUUCUACAGUAGCAGUAACGGGGGUGACUGCCAGAGCGGAUCGCAUGGCAACAGUCCUUCUCGAUGGAAUGGAAGGUGUGCCUCCAGACAAGUUUUAUAUACUUGGUAGCGGGGCCGUGGAGACGAUUAUAAACGAUGGAGCGGUACUCGAUGCUGUGAUCGAUAACGGCAGUGAGGCUGUCAUCAUAGACGAGGACCUGGCAGUACAGGUUGGAAUGAGCCUCGAUAGGUCAUACCUAUUCGAGAUAGAGACGGCUGAUGGAAGAAAGCAACAUAUCACUUGGUUUUGUCACAAGGCAGCCAUAGAGGUCCAAGGGGUACGAGUGACCCUGCCUGUUUUUGCAGUCAAGAACUGCAGCUCCGACCUGCUCUUGGGUCGAACGUGGCUGAGCCACGUGCAUGCGGUGAGGAUAGAGCGACCUGAUGGGAGCCAAACAUUGUUCAUUAGGAAGCCAGACGGGACGCGGGUAAUGAUUGAGACAGUGGAGCCUCGGGACCCGAGGAACAGAGCAGCUCUCGCUGUGGGUGCAAGACCCAGUGAUCAGAUUAAGUCAUUACCUAUCUCCGGCCGCGCGGUGCGAUUUCGCGAGAAGAGAUAUGGACCACUGCUCACAGAGGGAGAAGGUCGGAUCGUGGAGGUGGAAGAUUUAGGGAGUCGGCUAAUAGUGGACGGCAACUCGUACCCAAGGGAAAAAGAUGAGGAAUUUGGCGGUGUGGUAUCCGUGUCUUUCUUAAGGGCACGGACCCCUAUGGGGGGCUACCCAAGCGACACAAGCGAGUAGCUCAAAAAGUUAAGCCAGCGGCGGUGGGCCGUGAGCGAUCGGCUCUGGAAAGGGUAUUUGAAGAAAAAAUCGCGAAAGAAAUCAAAGAAAGAAAGAAAA